CAAAAAGGGAACGGGAAGUGGCAAGAUAACAUGGCCCUAUUACUGGGAAAUAAACAGAUUUCUCCAAGCACUACCCAUGAAUUACUCAAGCGUGCUGCAAGAAACAGCAGGCAGCGACAGCAGCACGGUAGAACAGACCAUCGGGAGUAUGGAGACGGGCGGUACACAUGAGGCGGAUGCCGGCGAAGAAACUUCUGGCCAAACGCAUAGCUGCCCACGGUCACACCCCACAGCUACACAAGAAGCCAGCGGCAGUCCAGCAGAAGGUGAAGGAACUUGGAAAAGUGAAGGGGAGAAUGCAACACCAGCGGCAGAACGAAAACAGCAGCGAUGGUCCAGCGAAAAGCAGUCGCCGCAACAAAUGCUGAUGUCGGAGCUGAUCGAAAAGCCGCGGCAGCUGCGCCUCUCUUUGGAACGUUCAAAAGGGAAAGAGCUGGAGAUGCUUGAGCGACAACUCAAAUUAGAUCAAGCGGCAGCGGAACGUGAAGAGCGGCUCAUCUCUGUGCUCGAGAAGAUGACUGGCAACUAACUUUAACAAUGUCCUUGAUUGGGCUGGUUGGUGCUGCAUGGUAGACGAGGAAUAAAAACAGCGCUAAACACGGGACAAGAAGAGGACACACACAG